AUGGCCUCCGACAUAUCAACUAACGAUUUGUUUGUGCCGCAUAAUGAUAGUAUUGGUCGACCAGAAUGUGAGUGUCCUUAUUGCGGGGCUCUUUUCUGGCGCGCUGAAUCCAUCAAGCGAACAUCUAAACGCCAAUUUCCUGAAUUUGGUGCAUGUUGUAAAAACGGUAUGAUCAAACUACCGCUUUUGAAAACGCCGCCUCCGUUCCUAGAUUCAUUACUAAACGAUAAUGAAUUUGUCGAGUCAAAAAAAUUUAGAGAGCGCAUUCGCAUUUACAACUCUGUAUUUGCUUUUACUUCUGCCGGCGGACGUAUUGACUAUGAUAUUAACAAAAAACCAGGACCAUACGUUUUUCGCAUUUGCGGGCAAAACCAUCAUGUUAUAGGCUCACUUUUACCAGAUGAUGGUCAAAGACCAAAAUUUGCCCAACUUUAUGUUUUCGAUACUACUAAUGAAAUUGCUAAUAGACUAUCGUGCAUUGAACAUCAAAGCAAUUCAACAUCAAUUGAUCAAACAAUUAUUCACAGACUUAUACAAAUGUUGGAUCACCAUAAUGAGAUUGCUAAAUCAUUCCGAAUGGCUAGAGAUAGAUUUUCCGAAGAUUCCUUAGUCCCAAUUAAAUUGAAGUUGGUUGGAAGACGUGAAACUGAUACCUCCCAGUAUACUGCUCCCGUUGCAAGUGAAAUUGCAGGCCUUUUAGUUGGAGAUUUUGGAUACUACGAUAAAAAUAGGGACAUUGUCGUUGAGUACAAGACUGGCACACUGCGUCGUAUUAGCUCUCUGCAUCCAAGUUUUAUGGCAAUGCAGUUUCCUAUGUUAUUUCCUUAUGGCGAAAGUGGGUACAUGGUUGACAUUAAGUACUCUCCAACUACCUCUCCAAAAAAAAUUAAAUGCCAGUAUGUGACUAUGCGCGAAUAUUACGCAUACUACAUUCAACAACGUGCAUUAGACAAGUCUGCAUUACUGCGUGGUGGUAGGCUAUUUCAGCAAUUCAUCGUAGAUGCCUUCACGUGUAUAGAACAAGAGCGAUUGGAUUUUAUUAAAAGAAAUCAAACUGCCUUGCGCUCGGAAAUUUAUACUGGGAUACGAGAUGCAUUUUACCGUGGUGAUACAAACAGCACCGAUAUAGGUAAAAGCGUUAUCUUGCCAGCUUCUUAUACUGGAAGUCCUAGGUAUAUGAUGGAACAUUAUCAUGAUGCAAUGACAAUAUGUCGUUUCUAUGGGCAUCCGGACCUAUUUGUGACAUUUACAUGCAAUCCUGCGUGGGUUGAGAUACAACAGAUGCUUACUGUCAUAGAAGGUCAAAAGGUUGAGGACCGCCCUGAUAUCGUGGCCCGUGUUUUCAAGUUUAAAGUUGAUCAAUUUAGUAAGGAUAUCAAAGGCGGAAAGUAUUUUGGACCUGUGUCUGCCUUUUUGUAUACAGUUGAAUUCCAAAAGCGUGGUCUUCCUCACGUGCAUUGCCUAAUAUGGUUACCAAGAGAGAAAAAGCCUUUAACUGUAAAUGAGAUUGACACUUUCAUUAGUGCGGAAUUGCCAGAUCCUAUCACUGAUCCCUUAAGUCAUGCCUUAGUCACUAAAUUUAUGAUCCACGGUCCGUGUGGUGCACUUAAUGAAAAAUGCCCUUGCAUGCGCGGAGAGAUGAUGGGACUUUUUUUUGAGAAGAAUGGUAUUAAGCUAGAUAAUCGAUUCGUUGUUCCAUACAAUCCAAAACUGUUGACAGACUUUGUAGCUCAUUUAAAUGUUGAGUUUUGUUGUUACUCUUCAUUGGUAAAAUAUUUGUUCAAGUAUAUUAGCAAAGGUUCGGAUAGAAUCCGCGCUGUUCUUGAGACGGAUAAUGCGCCUAACCUAAGUAGCCCGACAAACGUUGAGCAUCGCGAUGAAGUGAAGAAUUUUCUUGACUGUCGAUAUAUAUCACCUUGUGAGGCAGCAUGGAGAAUUUUUGAAUUUCCUAUACACCACCGUGAACCAGCUGUUGAACGCUUGGUUGUUCACUUACCUAAUAUGAACUCGAUAUUUUUUAAUGGCCAAGUCGGGAUCCGACAGCUAUAUCAAAAUGAAGCCAUUAAAAAAACAAUGUUGACCGAGUGGUUUGAAGCUAAUUUGACUUUCCCCGAUGCUCGAACUCUGACAUAUGCGGAGUUUCCCACUAAAUGGACUUGGAAUUCAAAAGAUAAGCUAUGGAGUAAGCGAAAACGAGGUCGUAGCAUAGGACGCCUUACAUAUGUUCAUCCGAAUGCCGGAGAACUAUACUACCUGAGAAUGUUGCUGAAUUUGGUGAGGGGCCCAAGGAAUUUUGAGGAGCUUAAAACCAUUAAUGGAAUUCAAUAUCUAACUUUUCAAGCAACAUGCAUGGCUUACGGGUUACUUGGCGAUGAUAAGGAAUGGAUGCAUGUUUUAGAAGAAUCUGUGUUAUGA